UUGAAUCUCCUGCUACAUUUUUCCUGAUAUUCGGAAAACGCAGAGAAGAAGGAAAGUAGACACGUGACUGCCCGCUACCCGAUAUUCAUUUUGGCUGUUAAUAAUAUUGUUGGCAACCCUCAGCGUCUCUACCAUACUUUCAUUUCGUUAGGGGGGUAUCCUUAAAGCUCGUGAAGCUUGCAAGACGAUAUUCGGAGCUUUAUGGGCUAUAUUCUGAAUAUACUCCAUGGAACAGUCUCUUUGGACAAAUUAAGCAUCCAUGACGGCCCCGAGUGGCUCCAACAUAAGAGAUGUUCUUACACUGGAAAACUUGCCAAGUUUCGCAUGCGCAAUGGCGCUCUACUGGCUUUACAAGGUUAUUCUAUAAAAAUUAGCGGGGAGUUAGCAGGUCAUGCCAAGAGUUCUAUUAACCACAGGAUUUACACUCAUAACGGUGGGGAGUUGAAUGCCUUUCCUCAUGUACAAGCUCUUAGAGAAUUUCCCAAGGAAGAACUCUCUGCAAAAGUUGUCAUGGUCAGAUUUGACUCUAACAUUUUCAUCAAGCAGCACGAACAACCGACUCCAUCAGUUUCUAAUGCGUUGCAAACAAUUAAGUAUUUACAUGAAGCUGGGGCAAAAGUAAUUCUGGUCAGUGAUUGGGAUACUGAUUCAGAACUUUCUCGUACAGAGUCCGUUGCUGAUUUCUUGUCAGAAGUUCUUCAGAUACAAAUUGUUCCACUGCAAAAGAUAUCGUGUAAUAAGCUAUCGAAGAUUGAAGGCACCGAGAACCAGAUAUCCUUCUUGCUGAGAAUCUUUCUAAAUUUAAAGAGGAAGUUUCCAAUUGUUUGGAUUCUAGCAUCAACAGUUGGCGUGACUCGCUUCUGCUAUGCCUGUAUGGCUGGUUUUCACUUUGAGGAAAGCUUAUAUCAACUGAAGAAGGUUACAGAUGCCACCAAGAAACCCUAUGUUGCAAUUAUAGGAGGUAGUGAUUUCCACAAUAAAGCAGCUGCUUUGCGAUUUUUAACAUCCAGAUGCCAGGCGUUGGUGUUUGUUGGAAUGAUUUCAUUUCAAAUAAUGCAUGCAUUGGGAGUCUCAGUUCCUCUUGAUCUGGUGGAGCUUAAGGCGUGUAAUGAAGCUCUACAUAUUGUUCAACUUGCUCGAGAAAGAAAUAUGCAGAUUCUGUGUCCAAAAGACUUUUCGUGCAGAAAUGAAAGCAAUCCAAAGCAACUGCAAGUAUUCCCUGCUCACAGCAUUUUGGAUGGUGAGCUUUCAAAGCCCUCUCACGCUUUGUUUUUUGAAUAG